AAAAGAGGGCAAAGGCUCAUCCUCUCCCCUGACCAGCCAUGCAGGAGCAGGACGACAGGGGAGGCUUCAUCCCCUUUGUCAAAUGCUCCCGGAUUGUAAGGCGUACCCCGCCUCCCGGCCAAGCCGCCUUCACUCUCCCCACUCAAGUGGCCCCCAGAUCGGCCCCCCAGCCUUAUGGGGAGAUUUUCUGGGAAAACCUCAGUCGCCAACCCAGCUCUAUUUCACCACAGGAAAAGCACACCAUGGCUUCAGUUGUGUUGGUGCACGGAGAUGCCCAUCGGGCACUGUCCCACCUGGAAGCCCCAGGAGAUCUGCCGGCCCCCGAGACGCUGUGCAGAAGGCGGCGGCGACAGGGCAGGCCUCAGAGGCUCCGGGAGUCUUCGGUCCGGGUGCGGGCCGUGAGCUUCCACCUCGAGGAGUUGAGGAGACGCCAGCAAGCCAUCGACAAAGGGAAGAAUCUGCAGUGGAGCAGCUGCAGCGCUUCAUCUAGAGGUCCAGAGUCCAAGGUGGAAGCCCCAAUUCUGACCCCGAGGCCUCCUAUCCCCACGGAGAUCCCAGGGCCCAAGGCAGAGCCCGGGACCACCACCGAGGUUGGGAACGGCGACAGCCAAAGACAGACCCAGCUCCUGUGGUCCCCAUGGACUCCCCGUGUCCCAGAGCAGCCGUGGUUGCCCGGGCUCGGCUCUCUGACUUCCUCCUUGGUUGUCACGGCCCGCAGGGCCGCCCCGGAGGUCCAGUGGGACCAGAAGCUGGAGGUGGAGGAGUAGCCGUUCCCACGAUCUCUAGCCUCACCUCCUUCUCUGUGUGCCCCCCCUCCCCAGGAGACCCAGGGUCCGGGGCGGGGAGGAGGGGGCGCCCUCACCAGAGGUCCCAAGGGCCCCUUUCUCCCUGUCGAGAUUUCAUUAUUAAAGGAA